AUGAGCGGAAGAGGCAAAGGAGGAAAGGGGCUCGGAAAAGGAGGCGCUAAGCGUCACAGGAAAGUCCUCCGUGAUAACAUCCAGGGAAUCACCAAGCCCGCCAUCCGCCGUCUGGCCCGCCGCGGCGGAGUGAAGCGUAUCUCCGGACUCAUCUACGAGGAGACCCGCGGGGUGCUCAAGGUCUUCCUGGAGAACGUCAUCCGGGACGCCGUCACCUAUACCGAGCACGCCAAGAGGAAAACGGUCACCGCCAUGGACGUGGUCUACGCCCUCAAGAGGCAGGGCCGCACACUCUACGGCUUCGGAGGCUAA